AAACUAGACUGUUACAAACUUCAAAAGUUAACUACAUAAAUACUACAAAACAAAACUUGAGGCCCUUUUGCUAAAAUUAAAUAAAGCAACAGGAGUUAUGGACGCAAAAACGCUCAAGCGGCUCAACAUCAACUCUCUCAGUUCAAAGGGAUAAACCCAUAGAAAUUUUGAAACACCACAAAGCAAAACCCAUAUGGCUGUUAUUGCUGUUAACACUGGUCUGGCUGUAUCCUGUUCGUUGAAAUGGACUGGGAUAAGGUCGUUAUCUUCUCCUCUUUCUUCUACGGCCAGAAUUGAUUCCGGCCAAAAAAGCUUCAACCGGAAUUGCAGAGGAGUUCAAAUAGUACGAAGGCGAAUCAGGCAACAUAAAUCUAAAGCUUAUUGUUGUUUAAGAGUUCCAAUCUCAUAUGCCGCAAUCCCGUCGAGUUCUGCGCGUGAAAUUCUCGAAAUUUCACAUUCUGUUACGGAAUUUGUGGAAAAUUCGGUGCUGAUUGAUUUAGAUCCGGCUACAGCGAAAAUUGCAAUUGGGUUUUUGGGUCCUUUCCUAUCUGCAUUUGGGUUUCUGUUCAUAUUGAGAAUAGUAAUGUCCUGGUACCCAAAACUUCCAGUUGAAAAAUUCCCAUAUGUGAUUGCAUAUGCACCCACAGAGCCAUUUCUUGUUCAAACUCGGAAGGUGAUUCCUCCCCUUGGCGGCGUUGACGUUACUCCUGUGGUCUGGUUUGGAUUCAUCAGUUUCCUCAAUGAAAUUCUUGUCGGUCCACAGGGUUUGCUUGUUCUUCUAUCUCAACAGAAUUUAUCGUGUCUGAGAAGAUUUCUAGCGGGGUUUCCUCCUAUUCAUACUAGUGAGAGAAAAAUUCCGACCUUGAAUCUUGAUGUGCAAAUAUGCAAUUUAUCAGUGUGUAUCGACUCUACACGUGAAUUAUAACGAAAAGUACGUAAGAUGACUUACUGGGCCGGUGUAGUCAAGGAGACAAGUACAAUACACCUCUUCUGAGAUUUACAAUGUGGGGCAAGGAACAUAAUAGCUUCAAUCAUAUUUGGUUUGGUCCUUUCACCUCAUCAGUCUCCAUCCAGUCUAAAUCCUUCUUGAAAUAAAAUGCGGCCUCUUCGUUGCUACCAAGUUCACAAUACAUUUUCAAGAUUUUUUGGGGUAGGUUUAGAGUUGACACAGUUAGUUAUAAAAUAACUGCGAAUGGGUUUUGCUUGAAAAAGCAAACACCGAGAGCAUUGGAAAUUUUGAAGGAAAUGGUAGAGAGAGGCUUGGUACCAACGGUAACAACAUAUAACAUAAUGCUUAAAGGGUAUUUUAGAGCGGAUGAAGAAGAAGCAUGUGGUUUUUUCUUGCAAAUGAAGAGGAGAAAGGUUGAAAUUGAUGUUGUGGCUAAUACUACGGCGGUUCAUGGUCUUGGCGUCAUUGAAGGAGGUUGAAAAGGCUCGGAAAAUGUUUGAUGAGAUGAUUAGGGCUGGAGUGCUCCCCUCACUGCAACUUAUAAUGCUUUGAUUCAAGUUUUAUGUAAGAAAGUGGAACAUGCCAUCAUAGUGUUUGAAGAAAUGCUUAGGAAGGGUUAGACACCAAAUGUGACGACAUAUAAUGUGGUUAUUAGAGGAUUGUGUCAUGAACAUAAAUGAAAGAUGACAUCUGUAAGCCAAUUGUUCAAACAUAUAAUUUAUUCUUUAGGUACUAUUGUGAUGAUGGAGAAAUUGAGAAGCAUUGGAGGUGUUUGAGAGGAUGACUUGUUUGCCCAACUUUGAUACUUACAAUGUCUUGAUCAGGGCGAUGUUCAUGAGGAAAUGAUCAGAUGACUUGUUGAUUGCAGGGAAGUUAUUGAUAGAAAUGGUUGACAGAGGGUUGGAAAUUUACCUUCAAUCGGCUAAAGUGACUCUGCUAACUGGUAAUCAAGGAUUUGUGAAAGAAAUUUUGAGCCUACUGAGUAGAUAUGGCCAUCUUCCUUGUCGUUUCAGAUUAUGAAAUCCAUUGCCAGGUGAAAGCACAAGAAUUAGGCUUUCUGCAUUGGUUUGAUCUAUAAUCCCUUCAAUAUCACAAUUCUUGCAUUUUGUGGUGGUGUUACCAAUAUGAAAGUUAUGAGCAUCAUAUUCGAGGUUUUAAAAUAGAGUUUUGUGUUUACCAUCAAGAUAAGGUCACUAAGGUGGUGGAUCAUGGCUGGUUUACGCCUGAUCCAGUAGCGCUGUUACCAUGCUGUUUGGACCAGGGAGAUCAGAAUUCGGCAAGCAAAGUGGCUGAUUUUUUGACUUUUUCCCCCCAGAUCCAUCUCACAAUAUGAUAAUAGAUUGGUUUGCUGCCAGGUGACCUUUUCCAUUUUGUUUUUUGUUCUAUGCAGGCUGUUAACUGAACUAUCAAGCAAGUACAAAGUGAAGUUCAAAGUUUGGCAAAUGAAAGUCAAGAAGGCGAUCACGUUGAGGUCAAGUGGAGAGCCUCAGCACAGCCAAAAAGCUCAGAUUAGGAUGCUGUGGUCGAGCUCAUACGGCUUGAGAUAAGAGAGCUGUCGUGCCAAACCACUAGAAGCGAAGCUAGAGUGGUUGAUUCUCAUAAGAAAUUGACCUAGUAAGGCACUUGAUAUCAGAUUAAAGAGCUCGACCCAGGCUCACGAUAAGGCAAAGACUCUGCCCAACCAGAGAAGAAAAACAACUUAGCACCAGAGUGACCGAACCAGUCUAUACGAGGAAUAAACUUGGCAGAUCCAACAUGAUCCAUGAAGAUGUUAGCUAGGCAACAAUAUACGACAAUAAUGUACUUCAUAGUCAUAUGGAACGACACAUGUAAUUAGAACAUACAGGGCAAAACUGCCUUUUUCUGGAUUGAAUAUAUAUAAUAUGCAAGGACAACAUAAUGGUACUACAGUAUGAUUUCCUCUUGAA